GGGUAGGGAUGGGUAGGUGAAGGAAGCAACUGGAGCCAAAGAAGGCAGGGGCAUCCCUAAAGGAUUUCAGCUGGUUGUGUUGGGAUGUCUGCCUAGUAUGUACAAAAAGCACCCCAUGUUUAUUUGCGGGAACCUCCUGUCUCAGUCCAUGUGGUUUUGAUGGGGCUGGGUUUGUACCCCCUGCAUACAUAUAUACCUAGAGUGUGUAACCCAGGUGAGGCUGUUAGAGAUCUUUGGUUGUAAGUGACAGAACUUUCUACCUAGAAGGAUAUAGGGGAAUGUGAUAGGAAGAACCAGGACUGGGGCACCUCCAGGGUCUUAGUCACAGAUCCCAUUCCCACGUCUGUGUCUGCAUCAUUGAGCCUGACCGAAAACCCAAGGAGCCCAAAAGGCCCAGCUGGAAAUCUGCCCACAGGAGCAGGGCACUUGGGUUCAAAGGCCCAGCAUGAUGGCACCAAUGGCGUGCAGUGAGUCCCCCUGAUGAAAUAGGGUCCCUAUACCCAAAGAAAAGGAAAUGGGUACUGGGUGGCUGAACAUAUAUCCCCUCCCCCAGGCAUGACCAACUGGAUUGGUUCAUCAAUGGACACUAAGCCAAAAUGAGUCCAAAAAGAGUCUUUUGGGGGGCUUGCUAGAACUGCUGGGAAAGAUUUGAGGUUCUCUUCUCUGGGGUUGGGUGGCAGGAUAUAAGCCUAGAGCCAUGGGGUCAUUCUUGCCACCACCUGGGAAUUUUCAAGAAUGACGCAAACAGAAGAAAGCAGAGUGGAGAGAACAGAUACAUGUCUGAUACCAUUGUUGGGACAGCUGGGACCAAUUGUAAUCACAGCUAAAGUCUACCUCUGGACUUCCCAGUUAGGAGUCAAACACCCUUGGGCUCAAGCCUGUUCGUUUCAGGUUUCUGUCACUUGCAAAUCAAAGUGUCCCAGCUGAUAUGACGGUGGAGGGUGUUUUGGGAAGAUAACCAUAAGUGUGAUACAGAAGUUGGACUGGAAACAGAGAACCCAAUUAAGAGAGACUGAUGCACAGCCAGGUUCAGACUCAGCCUAAACAGUGGGGCCCUUACUAGGCCUCACCUCUAUUCCCCGUGGGUGAGCAGGGUCCGUGAAGACCAGGGCUAUGAAUCCAGCCCUGAGUUCUUCCUGUGCCACUUAGUAGACAUGUGGUGAUGUAUGCUUACUGGGGACACACUGGCAGGGGCCGUGAGUUGGGAGGGGGCCAUCGGUGAGUUGGAACAACACUGUGGUGCCUGCCUGCUCCAACCCUUACCCACCGCAUGUGUGCAGUGCCUCUCAGGAUGUGGCCGGGGCGUGGACAUGUGUGUGUGUGUUUUCCGGGUUGAAGUAUGUAAGUGUGUGUGUCAGGGUCCUUGACCGCAGCUGCUUGGCCUGAGCAUCCUGUGCGCUCGGUCGAUUGUGUACACCCCGUCUGCCUGCGUGCGCCCCGUUCCGGACAGCCUGUUGCCAGGAGCUGUGCGGCGUGGCGCGUGCAUUCCCUGCGCAGGGUGAGCCCGGCGCCCUGCGUGCGAGUCUCCGCGCGGCAGGUCCCGCGCGGCCCCGGGUGAGGCCUGCCCGCGCGCCCACCGGCGCCAUGGGAAGGAGCGGGCGCCGCUGCUGCUGCCCCCCGCCGGCGCGCGCACGACUUGAGCCCCGCCGCGGGCAGCCCCCGGCCGCAGGUCCCCGAGUGACACUGGCGGCGCCUGGGAGCGUGGCGCGGGCCCGGGGCCACGUAGAGGAGCCCAGUGUCCAGUGAAGCAGCCAAGGACCCGCCGCCCCGCCGCCGCCAUGGUUAUGUCCCAGGGCACCUACACGUUCCUCACGUGCUUCGCCGGUUUCUGGCUCAUCUGGGGUCUCAUCGUCCUACUCUGCUGCUUCUGCAGCUUCCUGCGCCGCCGCCUCAAACGGCGCCAGGAGGAGCGACUACGUGAGCAGAAUCUGCGCGCCCUCGAGCUGGAGCCCCUGGAGCUCGAGGGCAGCCUGGCCGGGAGCCCCCCAGGCUUGGCGCCGCCACCACCACCGCAGCGCGGCCGCCUCGAGGCGCCGGCGCACGCGCAUCAGCACGUGCACGUCCACCCGCUGCUGCACCACGGGCCGGCGCAGCCGCACGCACACCCGCACGCACACCACCACGCGCUUCCGCACCCGCCGCCGGCGCACCUCUCCGUGCCGCCGCGGCCUUGGAGCUACCCGCGCCAAGCGGAAUCGGACAUGUCCAAGCCACCGUGCUAUGAAGAGGCGGUGCUGAUGGCUGAGCCGCCGCCGCCCUACAGUGAGGUGCUCACGGACACGCGCGGCCUCUACCGCAAGAUCGUCACGCCCUUUCUGAGCCGCCGCGACAGCGCAGAGAAACAGGAGCAGCCGCCACCCAGCUACAAGCCGCUCUUCCUGGACCGGGGCUACACGUCGGCGCUGCACCUGCCCAGCGCUCCACGGCCCGCGCCACCCUGCCCUGCGCUCUGUCUGCAAGCGGACCGUGGCCGCCGGGUCUUCCCCAGCUGGACCGACUCGGAGCUCAGCAGCCGCGAGCCGCUGGAGCAUGGAGCUUGGCGUAUGCCGGUCUCCAUCCCCUUGUUCGGGAGGACUACAGCCGUAUAGAGGGGAGCCCGGCGUUCCGGGCCCCACCCUCGGACGGACUCGUGGCCUGAUUGCGGGGCUUUUUAAAUGCUUCCCUUGGACUGGGGGGGGGGGGGGGGGGAGGGAUUUCUUACCCCGUUUGUUACAUUUUGAGGAUAAUAAAGGUGUGUGAUCUGGUUUGGUACAAGCGGAGGGGACACCCACUGCUUGCGCCCAAGGUUCUGGUA